GUUUAUUCUUGCACGGCGUGCGUCUCUAACGGCAGUCUCUUUCGGGCGGUCGAUGUUCGCGGCGGUAUACGCCGGUACGUGUGGUAAGAAGCCAUUGGAUGCAUCGUGAAUUUUGUUGUGUUGUAUUUACGUUGCAAUUAAUUUAUUAAACAUUGUUACUGUGCGUACCGGCGUUUGCCUGAAAUGAAGUAACAUCAAACGACAGGAUUCAACCGUACGCACCACGUUUUCUUUCCUACACCGUAUAAAACAUAAGCAACCUUCUGCGAACAGAUAACAUAAUUUAGAAAGGCUAGAAGACAGACGGUAUCCAAACGGAUAACAAAAUGCCUACGGAGAUGCACACCUUCUUACCCCAAGACGGAUCCAAUCCAAAAGAUGGUGUACUAACCAAAUACAAAGUGCAAGUCGCUCCACGAGACCCGGAGGCCGCACAGGGUGAUGGAAAAACUUACGAUCCCUUCACCGAACGAAUAGUUGAUAACCCGACGACGGACUGCGACACAUUAACGCAUUUACUGAAAGCGUCGCUUGGUACAGGCAUAUUGUCUAUGCCAAUUGCAUUCAAGAAUGCCGGUCUUCUACUCGGUGUAUUUUCCACUAUCUUGGUAGCAUUUGUAUGCACACACUGUGCUUAUAUCUUGGUAAAAUGUGCGCACGUCCUUUAUUACAAAACAAAGCGUCCAGAAAUGAGCUUCGCUGAUGUAGCUGAAGCAGCGUUUGCCACGGGACCACAAUGGGGAAGAAAGUUUGCAAGGCCAAUUAGGUAUCUUAUACAAAUUAGUUUAUUCGCAACAUAUUUUGGCACCUGCAGUGUGUACACGGUUAUCGUUGCCGCGAACUUCAAGCAAAUUAUUCAAUAUUACAAGGAUGAAGAUUCGCCUGAAUUCAGUUUACGGUUGAUAGCCGCCUGUUUACUGAUACCGAUGAUACUGCUCAGUUAUAUACCGAAUCUGAAGUAUCUUGCACCUGUUUCUAUGGUUGCCAAUAUAUUCAUGGGAACAGGUUUAGGAAUAACGUUUUAUUAUUUAGUUUGGGAUCUCCCUCCUAUCAACUCUGUACCAUUGUUUGCGUCUAUCGAGGACUUCCCACGAUUCUUUAGCAUUACUAUUUUUGCCAUGGAAGCAAUAGGUGUCGUAAUGCCACUGGAGAAUAACAUGAAAACACCGCAACAUUUUGUUGGAAUCUGCGGUGUUCUCAACAAGGGAAUGUCCGGGGUUACGCUUAUAUACAUUUUACUCGGAUUCUUAGGAUACGUGAAAUAUCAGGAUCUUACUUCGGACAGUAUCACGUUGAAUUUACCAACGGCAGAAAUACCGGCCCAAGUUGUAAAGAUUUUAAUAGCACUUGCCGUUUACUGUACGUUUGGUUUGCAAUUUUAUGUGUGCCUUGAUAUUGCAUGGAACGGUAUUAAAGAUCGGUUCCAGAAGAAACCAUUGUUAGCUAAUUACAUUCUGAGAACAGUGAUGGUCACAGGAGCAGUUUUACUCGCCGUGAUUGUACCAACUAUCGAACCUUUCAUCGGUUUGAUCGGUGCAUUCUGUUUUUCGAUACUGGGACUUUUAAUUCCUGUGUUCGUCGAAACGGUAACGUACUGGGACGUUGGUUUCGGGGCAGGAAAUUGGGUAGCCUUGAAGAACAUUAUCAUAUGUAUUAUUGGCAUGAUGGCGUUGAUAUUUGGAUCUCGUAGUGCAUUGAUACAAAUCGUAGCACUAUACAGUUAAAAAAAGCUGUUCUCAUCAAUAAAUAGAUUUGUAGAUAUUCCAAUGCUCCAAACUUCAAACGUUUGGAUACCAUUUUAUAACGGAUUUUAAUGCAAUAAAUUUCGAAUCUUUUAUAUUUUAUGAAGACAAUCAUAAAAGUGAAGAAAGAUUUAUAAACGAGAAAUACUAAUGAUAAUUGAUUUUAAGGAUGAACACGAAAUAGAAAAUUUGAAAGUUUA